AUGGCUAAUGAUUUGUCUUCAGGUGUUCAAUCAUACGAGUUUGAACUUGAUCACCAUGUUUUGGUGAAUGUUUCCGACCAGGAAACCUUUUUUUCCUCCUCGUACGAGGAUCCUACUGCAAACCCUAGCCAUGUCCAUGACAUGACUCAAUUGUUUGCAUGCAAAAUAGAAGCCCCUGUGGCCGCGCGUGAGGUGCACGCGCCUCCGACUUGGAAGCACUUCCGGGGCGUGAGGCGGCGGCCAUGGGGGAAGUUCGCAGCGGAGAUAUGGGAUUCGAAGAAGAAGCAUGGAAGGGUUUGGCUCGGAACAUAUGAGACUGAAGAAGAAGCAGGGUUGGCUUAUGAUAGAGCUGCUUUCAAGAUGAGAGGUUGCAAGGCAAAGUUGAAUUUUCCACACCUGAUUGGAUCCCACGCGCCGCCGGAGAGAGCAAGAGUGGCGGCGGAGGCGGCUCUGAAGCGGAACUCCCCGGAGGCUUGUCUGCCACAUUUGCGUGCGGCGGAGGAUGGUUCACAGGCACAAGGGUCAAAGAAGAGGAGGAACCUAGCUGAUUUGCUUAAUAGGUUAGCCAAGAAUAGAAGCCAAAAAUAUGUUAUUAUGAAAUAA